AUGGCUCUGCGACAUGCAUCGAGCUCUGGGGCUCAUGGUCGAAACGCAAGUCGCGAGAGAGAACUGCCGGCAGGUUACACCAGUAUAAGUGACGUUCUCAACCAGUGUGUACCUGCCGGUAGACUCGUCAGCGUCAUCGGCUUGUUAAAAGACCAUCGACUGCCCAUUCCCACCAAAGCAACCGAGUACGACGCUGCCGGACUAGUGGUUAGUAUAUUUCGCCCCGAAAAUGCCAUGCCUCAACCGAGUGCUGGAGAUGUGGUGGUUGUCAUGUCGGCCAAAGUCCAGUUUUACCGUAGUGAGGCAUCACUGCUCACGAAUCGAACGACCAUCAUCCACACCUACUCGGCAAGUGAGAUACCCAGGCCACCCAAGUCAGCCAAGGGAGCACUCCAUCCACCGUGUCGGCUGGCUGACCGACCUCCUGGAGACAAAGAACACGAAUACGUUUCUUGGCUCUACCACUCCAUUGACAAGGGCGCAGUCCCUGAAGCCACUACCUUCAUGAUACAAGCUGAGAAUUCCAAGAGCACCAAAGACAAGUUCUCCAAGCUGGAAAACAUAUCCGACGGCAGGUUCUGUGACGUGAUUGUACACGUGGUCAAGGAGCCCUUUGACCAGAUGGACAAGACGACUCUCUGGAUAUCUGAUUACACUGAGAACGACUCUUUCUUCAAAUUCUCUGUAGACGGCACGAAUCAAAGCGAAGGGCGUGAUGGGGAUCCUUAUGGCUAUAUCAACACGGCCAUUCCCGCAGCCAGCAACUGGCGCGGGCCCUUUGGCAAGCGCUCCAUGCAGGUCACUUGCUUUGAACCGCAUGCCUCAUUUGUCAACACAGGAGUCAAAGCUGGAGACUGGAUCCGACUACGCAAUCUGCAGAUCAAGUUCGGUCGCAAUAAUGCGAAUCUCGAAGGCUAUCUACGCGAAGACCGAAGCGCCUUCGGGGGCCAGCAAAUUCAGGUUGAUGUCCUCGAGACCGACGACCCGCAGCACUGUGACAGUCGACUCAAGGAAGCGGUCAAGCGCAAGUAUGAGUAUGAGAAGCUGAAGAAGAAACAACUGAAAAGUCUCGCUGGUGCCACUGCUGGCCAGAACGGCGAUGGCGGCAACAAGCGGAAAGCAGACGACGCAGAGGAACAAAAAAACAGCUCGAAGUCGCGACGGCAGGCGAAACGGGAAGCCGCUAGGAAGAGGGCAGAAGACGAUGACAAGAGAGCUCAGGAGAGACUCGGCCUCAACGAGCUGGGUAAGGAGAAGACUGCAUCAUUGAGCAUGCGUUACCGUUCGCUGACGUUGCUUUCAGUCAAGUGCGAGAGCCUGGAUCAGCCGGUGACCCCCGUGUCCUCCAUCAUCGACCCAGCGCCGUGGAAGACGACAAUAGAAGGUCAAGAGGUGACGCUAAUGCUGCCAUUCACCAACGUCAAAUACCGAGCCAACGUCCGAGUCGUAGAUUUCCGCCCUCGCAAGUUGGAGCUUUUCGCGAGCUGGCGCAAGAACACAGAGUAUGACAUGCUUUCCGACUAUUCCGGCGGCGAUUCCGACUCCGACUCAGACGAUGAUGAGGGCCAAGGCAAUUUAGACCUGUAUAGAGGGCAAAAGACGUGGGAGUGGCGCUUCGCAUUGCAGCUUGAAGAAGUCGAUCCCAAGCAGAAGGGCGAGCCCGACAGAUUCUGGGCCGUGGUCGACAACACCGAGGCGCAGCAACUGACGUGCCUCGAUGCGACCGACCUCCGCGCAAACCCCGACGACCUAGUGCGUCUCCACGAGCAGCUCUUCAAGCUCUGGGGCGACCUCGAGGAGCUCAAACGCCAGGAGCAGCAGCGGCAGCUCAAGAACCAGAAGCGCGUCGCCGCGCACCAACCACCGCCCGACAGCUCCCCGCCCGAAGACCCGGAAGGAAACGGCAAUAACAUGGGCAACGGCGUGGGCAACAAUACAUCCAAGACCACCAAAGCGUCGAACAAGCCGUUUACGUGCUGCAUCCAGCAGUAUGGCGUCAAGGUGCGGGAGCCAGACCCGCGCAAGGCGGACGCCGGCGAGGGCAGGCGGUGGGUGCGUGUAUAUGGGCUGUUUGGGACCACGAUCAGUUCCUGA